AUGGGCGACAUCCGCUUCAACUCCGGCUACCUCCAGACCAACCGUGGUGUCAUCAAGAUCGUCCAGAUCAUCAUCGGCUUCAUCAUCAGCGGACUUUACUGCGGUGGAUGGACCAAGGGUGGAUGCUAUGGAUACGGACAACUCGGCUAUGCUACCAGCUUGAACUCAAUUGUGACCAUCAUCAACAUUGUCCUCUUCAUUCUCAACAUCCUUAACCUCAAGUUCUGGAAGCUGGAGCGAAUUUACGGAAUCAUCUGCACGGUGCUGUUCCUGAUCGCAGCCGCCCUGAUGGUGUGGUUCUUGGUUGUUGAGUCGAGGAACUACAACUCGACCUCGGUUAUUGGAACCAUCCUGAUCGUCGUCCAAUUCCUUCUCUUCCUGUGGGACGUCAAGAUCCUCCAAGGAGAAGCCUGGAAC